UCUCUCUCUCUCUCUCCCUCUGCGGAACUCAGUGCUCUUUCUCAGGCUGGAUAGCAUUGCAUUCAUUAGCAGUGCGGUACUAACAUCAUCUCCGAGAUGUUUCUCUUAACUCCUGCGAAGGACAAUAGGUUGAGCAAUAGGUUGCUUUGUGUUUCUGUUAUGGUGGGGACUUGACUUCUUCUGCUAAUGAUAUUGUCUAUCACCUAAACCUAAACCUCACACAAAUCUUGUCGCGUUUUAUAUUUUCAUUGAAACAUUAUUUUGAAUUUUUAUUAUAUAUAUUUCAUCAAUGACUGAAUCUGCAAACAUAUUCCGAAUAAUAUCAGCAUAUGGUCAUAUUACGAUUAUGCAGCCUAAAUAUCAUUAUUACAUUACUAUAUCAUCAUAAACGGAUUAGGCUAUGUCAAUAUUCUGGUUUCUAAAAACUUGAGUAAACAGUUGGCAUAUGCCUGAAUUAGUCAGAAUUUUUGGUCAUGUAAAGGCAUUAUUCAGAAUAUCCACUGUAACUGAAAUUUUAUAUCUGUGCAUGUCCAAACAAAUGUAAUUCUGUGUGAUAUUAGAUACAGACAAUUGUCAGAGAUCAGGUAAGUUUUAUGUUGGCUUUUAUUUAUUUAAUUAUACAAACAUUGCAAUAACUGAUCAUAAAGACACAUAAAAGCACCUCAUAACCUACAUUUUGCAGUUUAUUGGGUUUUUGUUUGCUGUAGUCAAGGAAAAUAUAUUGAUUAAAUCAUUGUGCAAAAUACAAACAAACAAAUAAAUAAAAAGAGAAAAUACCUGCAUUAUUUCCACAAGAGAAAAUAUUUAAAUGCAUGUUUUAUUUAUUUAUUGGAAUAUAUGCUGAUUCCAAAGGAAUAUUCCAACUGCUGUAAAAUGAUGUGCAUGUAAAAUUUGUUAGGAUAUGCGAUUUCAUAUUGUACUGUCCAUUUGGUCCCCAAAAUGCAGGUAACCCCCCCAACACACACACACACACACACACACACACACACACACACGCACACACACACACACACACACACACACACACACACACAAACAAACACACGCACGCUCUAGUGCUCACAUUGUGAAUGAUCAUCUGUCCCAGGAGAUGGUGUUUGUGUGUGACGGUGGUCUGGAAAAAGGCUUCAAUUUCAAAAGCACAAUGGCGCGAAUAUUUCGUCUGGUCUGCCAGGAUUUUGUAUGCGACAAGUUGCUUUACGACUCACUCUCUCUCUCUUUCUCUCUCUCUCUCUCUCUCUCUCACACACACAAACACACACACACACACACUCAGGGGGUAAGGAAAGGGACGGAUAGAGCGAGUGAAGGGUUGCGGCGCGGGCGGGGGAGACGCAGUCGCGCACACGCAUUGGCUACACGCGCUGUAGACAAAUCCGUGCUCGAGUGACGUGGGGACGUGUGCGCGCUGAAUAUCUCUCCUAUACUAUCUGUCUUGAGAGAGAUUCACAUUUGUAACUUGGUUUUUUUUUAUUAUUAUUUGACGACAUUUUAAAAGCGUCAGUCCCCGAGACGAGCAAACCCCGCAAUUCUUUUCUUUGCUAACUCGUUUACUGUCCAUUUCUCUUGAUAUGCAAUUAUCUCUCCUCGUCUUCCUCUUUGGGAGCGCGACGGUCUUCAAACAGGAGACAAACUCAACUGGUUUUUUCAUAUCAGCAAUGACCAGAACUGACACAAAGUAAGACUACAUACAUACGAAGGGAUCACAGAGACCAACACAAGCUUCUCUAUUGUGGUCGGCCUGUCAGAAGAGAAGCGGGGGAGUAAACGAGUGCAGGAAGGAGAGAAGGAGUGUGCGAGGACAGUCGAUGGAUGCUGCCCGGAUUGAGGGGACAGCACAUUCUCAUCUGACGAGGAAAAGAAAGAUUUCAAAAUUGAGUCGAAGGACAGAAACUCGCCAUCAGGCAUGGUGUGUGAGAAGGGCAUUCAGAUCCUUCUCACCAUCGUGGGUGCUUUUGCAUCCUUUGGCCUGAUGACGGUGGCUAUCGGCACGGAUUAUUGGCUAUACUCGCGGGCGCUCAUCUGCAACAGCACCACCAACUCCACACAGGAGGAUCCCCAUAAUAAAGACAAGAAGGACCCCGGGGCCUUGACGCACUCGGGCCUGUGGAGGAUCUGUUGUCUGGAGGGGAUGAAGCGUGGCGUGUGCUCCCAGAUCAACCACUUCCCAGAGGACGCUGACUUUGAUCAUGAUGGAGCAGAAUACGUCCUGCGAGUGGUCCGGGCCUCCAACAUCUUUCCCAUUCUUAGUGCCAUCCUGCUGCUAAUGGGAGGGGUCUGUAUCGCAGCCAGUCGUUUCUACAAGAGCAAAAGGAAUAUCGUGCUGGGAGCUGGCAUUCUGUUUGUGGCAGCAGGCCUGAGCAACAUCAUUGGUGUGAUAGUGUACAUUUCUGCUGCUCUGGGUGACAUUUCCCCAAAGAAGGACGAGGAUAAGAAAUGGCAGUACUCCUACGGCUGGUCCUUCUACUUUGGUGGUCUGUCCUUCAUCUUGGCUGAGAUGGUGGGUGUGCUGGCAGUAAACAUCUACAUUGAAAAGAACAAGGAGCUCCGCUGUCGCUCUCGCACCGAUAUCUUUAAGAGCACCACUCACGCCAUGCUACGGCUCCCGAGCUACCGCUUCCGCCGCAGAUCACGUUCCAGCUCUCGAUCCACCGACCCCUCACGCUCUCGAGACCCGUCCCCCGUGGGUGGCCCUCCGGGGGGUAAGAACUUCGGAAUGCCCCCGUCAGCUCUACUCUCCCAGGGGCCCAUCUCGGUGUCCACUCUACCCAACCCCCACUCCCGCUCCGCUCUGCCAGGGGGCGAUAUUUCCCUUUACACCCUCUCCCGAGACCCCAAACUGGGUGGUUUAGGAGGGCUGGGCGCCCCUCCGCUGUACGGCACAGUGGACCGCGCCACACUAUACCAGCUGCACAACUGCUUCCCUAAAGAGAGCGGAGGGGGCGGAGGGGGAAUGAUGAUGAGUGGGACGCUGCCCUCUCUCAAAUCCCACAAUCCGUCAGUGGUCCAGAAUUCUUCCAACUCCAACGCUCCGCUCAGUAACUCCGUCCCGUCCUCCCAGCCUCCACCUUUCUCCUCCUCUACGGUGGAGAGGGAACGAGGGAUGGGAACGUUGGAUAGGCUAGGGAAAGGUGACAGAGAGAGUAACUCCAACACGCUAAAUAGGAAAACUACACCAGUCUAGACAGAUCGAGGGUUGUGCAAAAGCGAGAGAUAACGUAGACGGAAAGACUGGAAAACAACUUAAAAAAAAAAAAAGGAAUAACUCUCUCGGUAUUGACAAAUGUUUCACUUUAUGAAAAAAAAUAUAGAGUAAAAGAAUGACAAACAUCUCAUAAUAACAACAACAAUCAUGUUUUUUCAGUACUGUUUUAUAACAUGUUUAUUCUUAAUGAAACUAUAAUCAUGGGAUACUGUGAUGUUUAUUAUUUUGCUUGAUUUCAAAGAUGUGGAAUUUAAAGAUGAAGACAAAGUGUUGUUGUUAUUAUGAGUACGU